AUGGAGGACCAGCUCUUCAGCCCCACCGCCGCCUCGCAGCUCUUCGACCUGCCCCUCUCUUCCAACGGACCCAUCGGCUUCUCUCCCUCCAUCGACAUGACCAGCAACCUGCCCCUCACCUUUGGCGACAACCUCGAGACCCCCGCCUUUAUGCUCGAGAUUCAGCGAAAGCGCGCCGACACCAUCACCACCCUCAAACCCGACUUUGAGUUCAGGGACGACUUUGGAUUCCAAGGCGCCACACUCCUGACCGACACGCCUCGACGACCGCGCGCCAUCCAGCGCCUCUCCCUCACACCCUCCGUCGCCAGCUCGGCCGCCUCCACCGCCUCCGAGUUCGACUACGGUGGCUGCGACAGCGAGGCCGAUCACAGCAACGUCACGUCCCCUUCCGCCGACGACAUGUGCAGCGCCCCUUGGAACGACUCGCCCUUUGGCUCUGUCGACGUCUCGGACUCGAUUCAGACCGCCUUUGACCGCAUCGGCUUUGGCUCCCCCUGCGAUGAGUCCAAGCUUUCCCUCUACAAGCAAGAGAUGUUCACCCCGGCCGGGUUUAGCUUCCACGACUUCAUCGAGGAGCCUACCACCGGCGGCGACGGCGACAACGCCGCCAACUCGGGCACCAUCAGGGCCAAGGACAUGUCCAUCUCGCCACUGACCUUCGCCGACGUGUCGAGCGACGGCGGCCACAGCCACAUCCGCUCCAGCGGCAGCGAGUCCAGCCUCGGUCUCUUUGACAGCCCCAACGUCGGAGCCAUGCCCAUGCCCAUGGGCCCUUACCCUGUCCAAUCGUUCUUCGGCAACGGCAGCGCCUACCCCAUGGUCUUCUCUCAGAGCGCCCCGGACGCUUCGUGCAUCCACCCUCACGGUUCCUCGUGCCCGUCGUCGCCCAACAGCGCCAGCAGCUCGUCGCCCUACUCGGGCUUCGGCAUGCCCGCCGGCAUGCCCUCGGUGCUCGCCUCGCCCGCCUCGCGUCAGAUCCAGAUCCAGCACAUCCCGGCCCAGGCUCCCGGUCUGGCGAUGCUGCCCAAGGGCAUGAGCCUGUACAGCCACUUUGCCCAUCUCGCCAACCCGUACGCCGGCCUCAUCACCAAGCGCUCGCGUGGACGCCGUGUGCCCAACAAGCCCGAGGAGAUGAACAACCUCGGCAAGAGCGGCAAGGUCUACACUUGCAAGGUGCCGGGCUGCGGCAAGUGCUUCAAGCGCAGCGAGCACCUCAAGAGGCACGUCCGCUCCAUCCACACCGACGAGAAGCCCUUCCUGUGCCCCUACCCUUCGUGCAACAAGCGCUUCAGCCGUCACGACAACCUCAACCAGCACGCCCGCGUGCACACCUCGAUGGGCGGUGUCGCCGGCGUCGCAGGCGACGAGUUUGACGCGGCGUCCGGCCACGCCAUGUCGCACCUCAACCACCCCCUUGCCCACCCCAUGGUCCUCAGCGCAGGUCCCCAGGGCGGUAUCUCGAUCGCAUCCGGUCCGAGCCACCAGAUCAAGCAGGAGUAG